AAGCCAAAGCCAAAGCCAAAGAUAAACGACAAUCAAAAUUCCCUCUACAUUUAGGAAGCUGCAAGUCAGGCGGCAAAUUUUGUGGUGCAUAAAGACAAGAUCCGCUCUUUCCUUCCAAUUCACCAAACCCAUCAUCCAUCAACCUGUGGACAUUAAUUUUCUCUCUGUUAUUUCCUUUAAAAAAUCCUCCUAAACUUUCCUUCUCUCUACCUCUUUUGAUUAUGCCAUAUAAAAAUUUAACCCAGCAGAAUCCAAUUCAAACUUUAUUUUAUUUUCUCCGUUCAUACACGGAAAUACCCUUUAAUUGGUUUAAAUCAGGGCCGUUGAUUUGGGCUAUAAAUCAAAGCCACCCCCAAAACUUAGGGUUAUUAGCGUUUAAGCUUAUUAAUCUCAAAGCGGUUUCUUUAUAUAAUUAGAUAUUGCUAACAAAACAAUUUACGUGUUUUAUGUUUGGGUUUUUCGUUCUGCGUUGUCUUCUCGAAACGAAAUCUGGCUAAAGAGAGGCCAGGGUCUCCUAUAUAUGUUAAGAUUCGGGUUUGCCUAGUUGCAAAAGAUCCUUUUUCACUCUGGCCGCUGCAGCAAAGUCGAAAGCUUCUCGCACCUCUAAGCGGGUGUGGGGUGAUCACGAGGGGGUAAUAUUACUUUGUGUUUUAAGAAGAUCAAGGUCAUCGCAUAUUUGGAGAUUGUGCCGUGUUUCAGAGGGUUUGUCGCUUGAUUAUGGCUAAGGUCACCUUUGGCUAAGUCAGCAGAAGCUUGAUUGUAGCUUUUCUUUUCAUCGAAGAAUAUUCAGGUUUUUUUUUCAGGCUUCUGUACAUUAAUGAGCGGGAUAGUUGGUUAUCCAUAGCUUUUUAUGUGACACAAAAAGUAGAUCUUGUGUGAAUGUAGCUCUGGUCACUAUUUCCAGAAUGGUUAGGUUUUCAUGCUUCAGUAGUAACAUUUAUUGCCCAAAACCAAAGAAAACAGUUCAACCGUCAGUUGAAGCAAUGCCGUCAAGUUUCCGGGAAUUUUCUCAAAUUCAGACCAUGAGAGAUUCACCUAACUCUACACACUUAAAACAAUUAUUUUUGAGUGCACCGGGAGAUACUCAAAUUAAUGGUGAUGAGAAACAUGUUUCAAGUUCUUCCUUUGUUGAACGUGGCUGGAAAUCUGAGGAAAUAAAGAGCAAAUUCAGUUUGGAGAUCGAUAUGCCGUUCAACGAGUUGGGGCAUCUGAAAAAGAGUCGGUCUCUAGGAAGUAGACUGUGCUGGGAGGGGAGAAGUCCUGGUGAAAAUGAUACUGAGUUGGAGACUGAUCAAGGAUUCUCUUCUGAUUCCCAUGACCAGAAUGGUUUGGUAGUUCAGAAUGGCAGCAAUAAUCCAGUGGCAAGCAUACCCAGUAAGUAUCAGAAAACUGCACAAUCAGAGUCUGUUCAAGUUGGUUCUGAUCAUGUGAAUAUGGAAUCAAUGUUCUCAAUUGGAGAUCCUCAGAAUUCAGAAAAAAAGGCGCAUGAAAAUAUUGAUGCUCCAAUAUCUGGUCUUGAGGACUGUGCUGCUGAUUAUGUUGAACAUAUCUCUCGUACUCCAACAAUUGGAAAAUCACAAUCAUCAACCAACAUUAGUGGUUUUAUGUGUUCUUCUGGAGUGUGCUCUUCUCUUAAAAAUUUAGCUCCUAAUUCCAGAUCUGCUGAUGAUCUACAAGCUCUAGACAUGAGGUGGAAGGAUAUGUCGGUUCAUGAUGUUGACUCACUGGUUAGGCAAAAGCAAGAAAGAGGAGAUGACAUAUGUAAAACUGUGGAAAACCACUUUGACACUCCUGGUGAAGACUGUUUUGAUUCCAGUAGUUAUUCUGCUUCAGCAAAGGACUGGAUAAUACCAGAUGAGGUGAACUCAGUUAAAAACCUUCAUGGAGAAUCCUCAACUCAGAAGUCGGAUAACUUGCCAAGCAAGGAUUUUAAGAUUAAGCGGAUCGAGGAAUGGGUUAAUGAUCUUCAACAUUGCAGUCUGUGCAGCCCGUUGGAAGAAACAAAUGAUUCAUCUCUUUCUAACGAUCAGAUCAAGAAAGAUCGUGAUGUCUUGAAUGGUUUGAAUUUUGCUAAGGUGGAUGGUAAGGUUACUCCUGGCAUGGAAGCUGCUAAAAGGUAUAUUGCUUCUCUGAAUGGCUCAGCAACUACAGCUCAGCUGUCAAAUCAUGGGUUGGUUGUCAUCCCAUUUCUUAGCGCCUUUGUCAGCCUGAAGGUGCUUAAUCUUUCAGGAAAUGCCAUAGUGAGGAUCACUGCCGGUGCACUUCCUCGGGGACUUCAUAUGUUGAAUUUGUCAAAAAAUAAUAUCUCCACAAUUGAGGGCUUACGUGAGCUUACCCGCCUCCGUGUUCUUGACCUGAGCUAUAAUAGAAUAUUUAGAAUUGGACAUGGUUUGGCAUCAUGUUCCUCUCUGAAAGAGUUAUAUUUGGCUGGAAAUAAAAUUAGUGAGGUUGAGGGUCUUCACCGCCUCUUGAAAUUGACUGUGCUGGAUCUCCGUUUCAACAAAAUUUCUACAGCCAAAUGCCUUGGUCAACUUGCAGCCAACUACAAUUCCUUGCAGGCUGUCAGCUUGGAAGGAAACCCAGCUCAGAAGAAUGUCGGUGAUGAACACCUGAAGAAAUAUCUACAAAGCGUUCUUCCAAAUCUGGUUUACCUCAACCGGCAGCCUAUGAAAGCAAGUACUUUGAAAGAUACUGCUGAUCGAUCAGUUCGGCUGGGCAUCAGCGCCCAUCAGUUUGAUCGUGGCCUUAGAUCAGAUAACAAAGCUACUAGGAAGAGUAGUCAUGGUGUAGGUAGUCAUCGGCCAUUGUCUUCAUCAACUCACGGCCGUAAAAAUCAAACUGUGGUGUCACCACCAAAACGACCAAGAAGUAGACAUGUGCGCCUGCCACCAACUGGAACUAAAGCAACGACCAGUCAUCGACAGAAUUAUAUUGAUCUUGGUAACAAACUAUUAAACCUUAAAUCAGAGCUUUCUAUCCGCAGGAGUCGAAGUGAAGGAACUAUAGGAGGUGGUCUCUGAGAUGUUUUUAUUUUUUGUGUUUGUAAACAAUCUGGUUAGUAGAAUUUCUAUUUUCUUUACGUGGUUUUGGUGUCUGCAUCAUAUCAAAAUAAAUAUUUGAACGACUUAAUGUUCAAAUUCAUUAUCCAGGUACAUUUGCUGUCAUUUUAGCUCAUUAUUAUUGGACUUUAUUAGGUAUGCUUAUGUUGAAUCUAGUGUUUUGAGGGGCAGUUCUAAGAGGAUUUAAAAAGGCUUCAAUUCCUUUUUGUAUCUUACCGGGAGUCAAUUGUUAUUAGAAAAGAAUUUAUGAAAUUAUGUGAUAACCAAUCUUGUAAAGAUGAAAGUAGCUUAAUAACGUGUGUGUAUAUAUAUAGUCUA